UAAAAUCGCGACAUAGAAUGAAGUCUAUCUUAAUCACAGGCUGCAACCGUGGGCUUGGCCUAGGUUUAGUGAAACACCUGGUAAAAACGUUGCAACCACCAGAGAAUAUCUUUGCAACUUGCCGAAACGUGAAUAAAGCAAGGGAAUUGACUCUAUUGGCUGAGAAAUCGGAGAACGUUCAUAUUAUUGAAAUAGAUUUAGCCAAUACAAAAGAUUACGAUAAAAUAAUAAAAGUCGUGGCCGAAAAGGUAGGCAAUGCAGGAUUAAAUGUUCUAUUUAAUAAUGCCGGAAUCAGUUCAAAAUUUACAAGGCUUGGUCUUGUAAAAGAGGAACAGCUUACAGAAACAUUUUUUGUAAAUACUGUAGCACCAAUUUUGUUAACAAAGGCAAUUUUACCAUUAUUGAAAAUAGCAUCCAAUAACUUUGCAGACAAAUCAAAAAUGAAUGUUAACAGAGCUGCGGUUAUUAACAUGUCUUCAAUUCUUGGAAGUAUUGCUGACAAUAAUGAAGGUGGAUAUUACCCUUAUAGAUGUAGCAAGGCAGCUCUCAACGCAGCUACAAAGUCAAUGAGCAUUGAUUUAAAAAAGGAUGGAAUCCUUGUUACUUGUAUACAUCCUGGCUGGGUGCGUACAGAUAUGGGAGGAACCAAUGCACCCAUGGAUGUUGAUACUAGUGUUACUAAUAUCUUGAAUAUAUUAAAUUUAUUAAAUGAAGAACAUACAGGUUGUUUUAUUCAACAUGAUGGAAAAAUUUUAUCUUGGUAAAUAAAAGUGUUAUAUAGGA